CGCCGCCGUGCAUGACCGCUCGCUGCGUUGUAGGCUGAUCUGCGUCACGUGUGCAGGGCCUAUCAUUUACCCAAGGAAGGCGGUCGACGAUUUGGUCGGCAGGCCCUUACCGUGGCCUCGCGUAUUCCCUCGUCGUUGGAAGCGGCGCAACAAUAUCUUGAAUAUCCCUGGCUUUUUGGUGUGCGGCGGGAUUGACACACAGCUUUUAGGGCUGGGCCUCCGCACUGCGGGUUUGCUGGCUCAGGGGAGAAAGGGACCGUACGUAGCUCGCGAACGGGUGAAUCAUCCUGGCCUCAACAACAACAACGUUGUAUAAAGGGCGGAAUCUCUAGCCAGACCAACGGCAUCAGGAACACCGCCAGCAAUGGACGCCGCUCGGUCUCGUCUCUGCCUGUACGACGCUGCACGACAAGCGAUCAGGGACGCAUCCGCUGGAGGAGCAGCGACAGAAGCUGCAGGGCGAGACCAGGAUGCCUAUGUCGCUAAACGACCACAGCAUAAUGACCUCCUGGAUAAAAAACUACACCGCUCUGUGGAAGAAAUGUAUCAAAGUACUAGAGGAGAACAAAACAGUGCGCAGGGGACACAGGACGUCCAAUUCAGUGGUAUAAGCGGCAAUAAGAAACGUCAACGGCACGAUGAAGUGGAGAAGCCCGCAGAAGACGCUGGGGAUGCAUCUGGUGGGGAAGAGGGGCACGCAACGACGCAAGAGGACGAGUGUCUCGGCCUGAUGGCGGAAGCAUUUGCCGACGACCUCGACCUCCUGCGCAAGGACGAACACUUUGGGGGUUCCGCCAACGACAUCGCCGCCAUGGCGGACAUGAUGCGGUGUAUUGCGGGCGGUUUGGACAGCAUAGAACAAAGAAUGCUCUUGGACAACGCAGCGAGAUGACGUCAACGACAACGAGGUGCUCAGACGCACUCAGGAAAUUCACCACGUAGUAAGCCAUUCCCUUCUGUCAAUAGUUCUGCUAUCGUAUGUGGACGGAACACUGACCGGGACCCAGCGAGCGGCGAGACGGGGUGACAUUUCCCCGUACCGCAAGUGUUUGUGAUCGCUUGUAGGAUGUGGCUUGCUGGAGUUGCCGUCAUGUUCUGGGACCCAUUGCCGAGGGUAGCUCCUCUAGUACCGGUUGAUGCAAGAACGUUUUUCGAGUCGACUUAUUGAUGAAUAUUCGACUUGUCGAGAGUGUGGAAGGACCACGUUCUUUUAGGGAAGCAGCUGCGCAGCCUUCAUGCCCUACCGAGUAUCGGGGUUUUGGCACACCCAGUGUAACAACUUUCAUAGCUCGGUGUUAUCCACAACCAAGAUGGCGACAUUGCCGAAAUGGGCGGUGUUGGCAAGAUCUCGUCGAGAGCUCUGCUUGCACUUCUCGUGCGGUUUUCGCACCCUCCUGGUUGAGGAGCAAUCAGGCUAUGAAAGCCGGUGUAGGGAGAACUUGCUAGCUUGACUGUUGUUGGUGAUCUGUGCUGCUGUGCGGGUGGUUCAAAUAGUCGGGCUUUCCGCUUGUGGCAUCUGAAAAAAGAGUCUAGAGCAUUCGGCGAUUGAUCUAUCACCGAUUGCGGUGGCUGUGUUGAAGAACGAUCCGUGUGCCGUAACAUUCCACGUGAAGUGCGCCGCAGGCCCGCCCUUGCUGCAGUGUUGUACACCCUAUACACGCUCGCUUGAAUUAGGUUGGUUAACGCGUGCAUCCUCACUUCUCCAUAAUAACCUCCGUGCUCUGCCGGGUC